AUGGCGCUACCACCAUCGCGACUAAUCAGCAUACGACCCCUGGGAGCUGCUCUUUUGAUUCUCCUUGUUGGGGGCUUUUUCACAAUCACCCUCAUCCUCCUCACCACCAACGAAUCCAUCUUUGAAACUGGCAUGCCCUGGAAAGAUAAUGAUGUCAAUGAUGACGAUGGAGGUGGUGGUGGGGCAGGUGGAGUUUAUGAGGGCAGAGAUGAUGACGAUUUUGGCAUCCAUCAGAUAAAGAAUAUUUUCAGAUCCCCAGAGGCGCACAACAGUAUUAAAAUGAACUACGUCAAACAACACAAACGCUCCAGCAGCAACUUCAACCACGACGACGACAACGACGAUGCACACGUGGAUCGAUACUUUGGCAUCUCAAUCGACAGUCGCGUGUCCAACCACCCGGACAGCCGACCGCUCUUAUGUACACAACUCGUGUACAAGAACGUCAUCGUCAACAACCACGGCAACGACAAGCAGGGGGUAUCACUGAUCCUAGUCUACAGUGAUUAUCAGUUCUACGAAUUGAAGAAAACUUUGUCGAGUCUCCUCGUUUCUGACUGCAUCUUCCUCAUUGGCGAAAUAAUCGUUGUUGACGAUGCUUCCACACUGGACCACAUCAAACAGGAAGCCGCUCGAUACUUUGCCAACAUUCCACCUGUUAAGUUCAUGACAACUUCCGGCAACGAGCCACUUGGUUUGAGCAGGGCGAGGAAUUUAGCAGCCAAAGAAGCAAAAUUUGAAAUUCUCGUUUUCGUCGAUGUAACGGUUGUUGUCGGUCUGGGCUGGUUGGAGCCCUUGAUUGAUCCAAUUGUGAACGGCAACGUGGAGUGUUUCGUUGUGCCUCACAUCGAUAUAAUCUCCGAUCCGGUCGGUAUGAACCACAGAAGACUUCCCGAUAACACAACUUACACCAUCACGUGGAGCCUCAACAUCAGACCUUUCCAAUUCAACCUUCCAACAUAUGAUCCAGAGAAAUGGCAACCAACACACAUUGCCCCAGCCGUUCGUGGAGAUGUGUUUGCAACCACUCGCACGUUUUUUGAAAAAAUUGGUGGCUACGAUGAAGAGUUGGAUGAGUAUGGAGGUGGCGAACAUGUGGACCUGUCUUUGAAAGCUUGGUUCUGCGGUAAAGGAAUCGUUCUGGCCACGUGUUCGCGGGUGGCGGUUGUUAAUGCACUGGACCCUGUCAAGGUCAGGUCAAAGGGUAACAGGGAUCGUUUGAUUGAUUUGUGGUUCAGUGGCAGGGAGGUCUAUAAAACUGCCAUUCAACGGUUGAGUGGAUCGAGUUUGGACGCCAGUUUCAAUUACGAAAGGGAAGAGAAGAAGGAAGGCCUCAUUGCUUCGAUGUUUGCUGCAAAACACGUUCGAAAAUCUGGAGAGUGCCAAAAAGUUUUGAUGGGACGCUACAUUGAGAGGGUCGCCGUAAACAUGGUGGAGCUAAGGAGGGAUGCACUGGGGUACGGGAUGCUGCAGACAGGUACGGAUCGAUUCGCCCGCAUCAUAUUCGUCAACAACGCUAUGAACAACAGCCCAAACAGCGGAAUAAAAAUUAAAAUAAAACUGGAUGAGUGCCAACCUGCCAUCGUAACCGAUCCUCGCGUCAACAACAUCAACAACGACAUCAACAUCAACAACAACAUCAACAACAACAUCGUGGACGAGUACCAACCUAGUAUCUUCCAGCUGACCACAUCCAGCCUACUCGUCACGAAGAUCAACAACAAAGACAUGUGCCUAACAACGAAGGAGAACGCAUACUUGACCUUUGAACUUUGCAGAGACGACAACAUCAACAGCAACUACGAUGAUUACAUCAACAAGCAGAAAUUCAUAUACAACACAAAGGACCACACUCUGAUUAAUGUCUGGAGCAACUACUGCGUCAUGCAGGUCACCGACCCCGACCAAUCAACACCUGGCGACCGACAGAUCGCCAUGGUCCAACCUUGUGACAGCUACCAGGGCCAUGAUAAGGGCUUCAUGAAAUGGGUCUUCUUCAAUUUGUGA